GCGGUGCGACCGCACCGGGCCCCGCGCUUGGCGGGUUUGUGCGGGGCCCCACAGGCCAGUAAUUAUAAUAUUACGAAUAUCACUUUAUCUAUAAAUAAAUAUAAUAAUAUUGUCCCCGUAGCAGUAAUACGGAUAUCGCAACCUGUGUUGUUUUCUUAGGAAACUGUUCGUUAUCGACGAAUACCAAUUAUACCUACAUAUCUAUAGUUUUACAUUCGUUAUGUACUUGUACAAUUGUUUAUCUUUGACGACGAUCGAUAACAGUACAAAAUAUAGCUGUAACCCAUAAUAACAUAGUAUAAAAUAGUAUAAUAAUAAUAUUUUUCUUUCGUAACUUAUUAUUAACGAGAACUGCGAUACCUCAUAAUCUUGAUAUUGCCUACAAAAGGCUACACGGGUAACGCUCGUCACUACGAGACAUUCAACGAGUUAACGACGAUUGACGAACACGGGUUUAAUUUAUCGGACAUCGCUUCAUUAAAAAACAGGCAUUUAUUUACAAAACGAUACUUUGUAGUUCGUAUAUUUCUGUAUCAUGUCAUCAAGAGAUCGAGAUAAGUUUAGAAGUUAUCCGUCAGGAAAUGCGAAAAGGCAGAAAAAAAACAUAAGGGAUAAAAGUUUAAAUAAAAUGCGUGGCUCUAUCAACAAAUAUGUAAAUUAUAAAUUUGAUACUCCUUCUUCAAGUAUAGAAAUAGACAACGAAGUUGAAAUUAAUAAAUUACAAACCGAAAGUAAUAAUAGCGGUAAUGACUUUAUUAUAAACACAGUAAACGAUUAUGAUACGACAGAUUAUAUUGAGAAUGAUAAAUUUGACACUCCUUCUUCAAGUAUAAAAAUAGAUAACGAAGUUGAAAUUAAUAAAUUACAAACCGAAAGUAAAAGGAGCAGUAAUAACAUUAUUAUAAACACAGUAAAUGACUACGAUAUGACAGAUAUUGGUUGUUGGCCUGAAAUAAUAAAUAAUGAUUUCAGAAAAGAGCUUAUAAAACUGGGGCCAAUACAAGUUAAAAGCUAUAAUUUUCCUCAAUCUGAAAUAAAUGGUGAGCUAAGACGUUUUAAUCCGACAUUAUAUGACAAACGUUUAGACAACGGAGAUGUUAUUAAACGAAACUGGCUGGUAUAUUCAAAAUUUAAAGAUAGAGCUUUUUGUUUUUGUUGUAAACUUUUUGACUCUCAUUCUACAGGUAAUUUAAGCAAGAAUGGUAUAAACGAUUGGCGACAUAUUGGGGAAAGACUAAAGUCUCAUGAAAUCACGAUUCCACAUUAUACUUCCUUACAGUCAUGGAUUGAAUUAAAACAAAGAAUAUCAGAACUCAAUACUAUAGAUAAACUACAUCUGACUAAAUUAAACGCGGAAAAACAACAUUGGUAUGAUGUUAUUACACGAAUACUAGCGGUUAUCCAUUUUUUAGCUAAAAAUAGUAUUGCAUUCAGGGGUUAAAUUAAAUUAUUUAAGAAGCAAUCUAUCACAGCAUAAGUUAUCGGACCUGGCCCUUAUCAGCAUCGAACAUAGUAUUGCCGAUUCUUUGAGCUACAAUGAGACAAUUGAUCAGUUUGCAUCAAAAAAAGCACGGAAAAAAAUAUUUAAAUAAUAUUAUGUUUUGUUAAUUUUUUUUUAUUCUUAGUAAACGUAAUUAUACUCAUUUCAUUAUUAUUAUAAUUUAUGUUCAAUAUAAUAAAAAUAUUUAUAAAUAAAAUAUUGUUUGUACAUUGUUUAUACAAACAAAUUUAGGCUUCUAACAUAAUUAAAAGAGCUUUAAGAUUACAAAAUUAUAUAAGAAGUUAGUCCCUAAAAAAUAAAAUAAAUGUGUAUAUUGUAUAAUAAUUAAUAAAUUAACAUAUACAGUCAUUUGCCGUAUGGGGCCCCGCGAAAUUCUGCACCGGGCCCCAAAAACCAUCGGGCCGGCACUG